CUAACAAUGAACCACCUGGGAUAUCAGAAUAUCUCUUUCGCUGAUGUACUUGACAAAGGGACAGCCACCCACGUGGUCACUGCAGUGCUCUAUGGUGCCCAGGCUUUCUUUGUGUUUGAUCGAAAAGUUUCCACUAAUGAAAAUAUCAAGGAUAUAGAAGGAACAUUUAAGGUUCAAUUAAAGAAAAGUCUUAAAACAAAGGGAAACAUAGAGGGGAAGGCAAAAAUAGAGAACAGGGAGGAAAAAUUAGCUAAAGAAUUCAGUUGUAGCUUUUAUGGAGAUUUUGUUCUUGAGAAUAAUCCAGUGUCUUAUGAAGAUGCAAUAAAAGUCUCCGCCUCCCUUCCUAAGCUGUUUAAGGGUCACGGGUUGCCCCUCCAAGUCUGGCUGUACCCUCUAGAGAAGCUGAGCUCCAAGGCUGCCAAGUUGGUACAAGAGAUCAGCAUUACCUUGGUAUGUGAUGCCCAGGUCACUCUGGAGAAGUUAUCUGAGUGUGACAAGAAGUGUAAUGACAUUCUAGAGGCACCAGGUCUCUUUGUGUUUUCUGCAACCCAGGAAAAAGUCAGGCUAUUCCAAAUGCUGAAUAAACAGCACAGACAGAUUUUACAAAAGGAAAUAGCCAAGGUGUUACCUCAGAUCCGGAUGGGCGAAGCAAAGGAAAAUGAGCUGGUCAGCAUUUUAACUAGAGAAAGCCAGUCCCCAUUCAGCUCCAGGAGGCUCUCAGAAUUCAUAGAUCAGAAGCUCCAUGAGAUAAAGGUGGUAAAUUCCUACCUCACCCUUUUGAAGGAGGUGAGAGUCAUAGCUGACCAGACUGAGUUGGAGGAUGUAGUACUAGGCUCUCUCCACCAAUCUAUCUUGGUGUUUGCUUUCACCUCCUUGCAGGAGGAACCAUACUUAACAGAUUGGAAACAGUGGCUUGAGAAUCCAGUUUCAUUCAGUCCUAAAUGUGCGCAAAAGAGGUAUUAUUCUUGGGUGGAGGACAAAGAUACGAGGAGAAAAGGGACCCAAUUGGCAGAAUCCUUUUCCAAGUUUGCCGAGAUCAAUCACUCCACUGGGAAGACUCGGUUCCUUGUGGCAUCUGUCCCAGACCAAGAGAACAAGGGGGUCUCCAUUCACCUCUAUGAAAGGGGACAUCUGGUCAGCACCAACUUUCAGCUACCAGUCAAACCUCCCCCUCCCCAGAUUGGUGGAGUCACACAUGAUUGUGUAGAGCUCAUACUGACUCCAGCAUCUGGGAAGAAGGAAGAGAUCCUUUACUAUUGGGUACAAUACCGAGUUGUAGGAAGUGAUACCUGGAGCACCAAAUGUGGGUUUGGAGAGGGAAAUGUAUUCAAAGUGAGUGAGCUACAGCCCAGCACAGAGUAUCAAUUCAGGUUUGCUCAGUUGUAUAAGAUAGGAUGGGGUGAGAAGAGUGAUGUAAGUUCUGUUGUGAAGUGUAAUGCAAGGCCACUACGAGAACCUUUUGCUUCUGUAAUUUCAUUAGGGGAAAAAAUAUUAGAUACAUUCUUCAAAAAGAGCUAAGGUAUAAAAAGUAGUAAAGCUCCAACUGACGGUGCUUUUGCUUUCUGGCUUUCACUUUGGCUGGAGGCUUUUGCUUCUUGGGCUUUGGCUUAGUGACCUCAGCUAGAAACUUAAAUGGUAAAACAGCAGCAAGAACACGAAUGGGUAGGAAUGGUAAUUACCCACCCAGUUAUUUCGUGAUGAAUUCUUCUUGACAAGCUUUGCAUCUUUUGUUAAUCAUAAAAAACAUGAUGAUUACAGAAUAUCAAUCAAAUAAUUUUGUAAUUCAGUAAAAGUUAAUGUAUGAUUUAAUCCAUUAUCUGCAAGAAAAAAAUGUAUGGUAAAUGUGAAAAUACAUGCCAGCAUGUAUGUAAUCUUAAGAAAAGGGUAUAAAAAAUAAAGACAGACUUAUUUGCUAUUUUA